GUAUCACUAUCGAAAGAAAAAAAAAGUCUCUCUACUAUUUAUAAUAUUCUCUUCUCUUGUCACUUUGUCCAAACCUUUAUUAUAAACUGAAACUUUUAAUGACUAUCUCAUUCUCACUCAUAAAAUUGAUUUAGGCAUGAAAGUUUCAAUGGAUGAAACCAACAAUACUAUUACUAAGAGAAGCUCAAGCCAAUAUUGGAAAUCAUUUUACAGUUUUGUUGAUAAAGUGAAAAGAUGUCCAGGUUUGUUGAGGAGGACACUUUGGAAAGUUGGCAAAGAUGAUCCAAGAAAAGUGGUUCAUUCUUUGAAAGUUGGUCUUGCUUUGACACUUGUUUCUUUGUUGUAUCUAAUGGAGCCAUUGUACAAAGGUAUAGGAAAAAAUGCUGUUGUGGCUGUCAUGACUGUGGUUGUUGUCAUGGAGUUUACUGUAGGGGGGACCUUAUGCAAAGGACUAAAUAGAGGAUUUGGGACUUUGUUAGCAGGAUCAUUGGCAUUUUUUAUUGAGUAUCUUGCAGAUGUACCUGGUCAAGUUUUUCGAGCGGUUUUCAUUGGUGCUGCAGUUUUUCUUUUAGCAGGAGCUGCAGCUACUUAUGUGAGGUUCAUUCCUUAUAUAAAGAAGAAUUAUGACUAUGGUGUUAUGAUAUUUCUCUUAACCUUCAAUUUGAUAACAGUAUCAAGUUACCGUGUUGAUAAUGUCUUGAGCAUGGCAAAAGAUCGCAUCUCUACCAUAUGCAUAGGCUCUGGCCUUUGUCUUGUGAUGAGCCUGUUGGUAUUUCCAAACUGGUCAGGGGAAGAUCUUCAUAAAUCCACCAUAUCAAAGCUUGAAGGCUUAGCCAACUCUAUAGAAGUUUCUGUCAUGGAAUAUUUUUAUGAUUCUGAAAAACAAGCAAAUGAAGAUGAUUCAUCUGAGGAUCUCAUUUACAAAUGCUAUGAAGCUGUUUUAGAUUCUAAAUCUAAGGAUGAAACACUAGCAUUACAAGCAAAUUGGGAGCCAAGAUACUCAAGAAGCUGUCACAGGAUCCCAUGGCAGCAAUAUGCAAAAAUAGGAGCUGCUCUUCGCCAUUUUAGCUACACUGUUGUAGCAUUACAUGGAUGUCUUCAGUCUGAAAUUCAGACACCAAGGUCAAUCCGUGAUCUAUACAAAGAUUCUUGCAUCAAACUUGCACAACAAGUAUCAAAAGUACUAAGGGUAAUGGCCAACAGCAUAAAGAAAAAGCAUCAAUUUUCCCUUGAAAAACUCUCUAAUAAUCUCAAUGAAGCCUUACAAGACCUUGACAAUGCAUUGAAAUCGCAACCUCAACUUUUACUAGGCUCGAUGAAAGGUCAAAGUCGAACCCCAAUAACCCCGAAAACCCCUAAAACCCCCAACUUUUACAUGUUUGAUGAAGAAACUAGAAUCUCAUUAUCAAGUAUUAAAAGUGAUUGUUGUUCCCCAGUUGGAAGUAAAUCAAAAGAAGGACAAGGACACAAAAAGGUUUUGAGGCCACAACUUAGUAAAAGUAAGACUAUGAGUAUGAUCACUAGCCUUGAGUUCUCAGAAGCACUACCUUUUGCAGCUUUCACUUCAUUACUAGUGGAGAUGGUAGCAAAACUAGAUCAUGUUAUGGAUAAAGUUGAAGAAUUGGGCAGAAUGUCUCACUUUAGAGAGUUCAUAGAUGAUGAUGAAAAUAUUGUUGUAACUUGUGAGAGACAAAAAAUGAAUACAACUGAGAAUGACUUGCCUUCAUAUGCAGAGUAGUUGUUACCAAAGAGCUUUCUUCCUUAGCUUUGAUGUCUAUACAUGCAUGCAUGCAUUGUGACAGUCAUAUAUAUGUAUGUAUGUAAGUAUGUAUGUGAAGGAAUUUAACUCAUUGUUAUGAAGAACUUAACAAGCUAUAUAUAUUUCAUUAGGUAGGUGAAGUGCUUUCCCAAGCAAUCAUCCCUAAAGGGAAAAGUGAGUUUACUUUGUUUGUCAAAUAUAUAUGUCUUGCUUGAAUUGAUUUAGUUGAAUGUUGUAUACACAUUACCUAUUUUGUAUAAGAGUAAGGCAUAUACUACUUUACUAUCUUGGAAUGUAAUUUUUGUUUAUUACCUUC